ACUGGAUUCAACUUGUGAAGGACUUGUUAUCUCAGUCGCAUCUGCUGAGCCAGUGAUCAUCGACAGAUAUGAUGGGUCACUGGAUCCAAGAUGCCGUACCUGGUUCGGAUUCACAUUACGGCCGACAGACCGCAAUAUGUAACGUUUUUUUGGCGCUGCCUUGUUGUUUCCGCGCGGCCGCAAUUAAUUGACGCUUAGGUUGACGGCCGCAAGUGCUGCUUAACGGGAGGCAACGCUGUAGGCAGGUUGCGGUUGGACCACGGCCUUCAAGUGUCUGUACUAUAGUUCAAUACCUCCCUUCAAGCUUACUGCUGUUCGACACUCGUACUCAUUCUGCUUGUCAUUUGUUGAGGACCUCUCGUUCGACAACGCUCUCCUGAUAGAUACCGGGACUGUAAUCAUCAUGCCAUCAGAUACUCAAUCUACAGCUUACAAAAAAGCUGCUGCGUCCGCACCUUCGAAGGAUUCAUUAUCGAGGACGCCACAUGCCAUUGACCGGCAGGUCCCACCACGCGUUCGUCCCUCUAUUUCUUCCAAAGAGAAUGUAGGCAGUGCUGCAUAUAUUUCUUCAUCAUCUACUGCAUCUCCGGCACUUGAAAAGCGCGAAGAAUCCGCAGGCACUUCCACACUCCUUUCCCAAAGUCAUUCCAGGCGCAGCAGUCUCCGGUGUCGCUCUCAAUCUAAAGAUCACGCUUCAUUUCUGGAGUCUUCUGAGAUCAAACACGAUUCCCGAGCUCAUGACAUCGACGUCGAUGGGGUGGCAAGCGUUGGCUCGGGUCCUACUCUACUGGCUCACAAGACCGCGGACAAUUCUGUGAAGCAAUUUUCUGAGAAAGCACCAGUCGUAUCAGUAGUUCCGGUCGCACCCUCGCAGGAGAAAGGUCAACCUGCUGUACAUCCUAAGGACUUGCUAGAGACUGCGGGCGCUACCAGUAGGGCCGUACAACCGCCAGGUUCUUCUGUUCCUGGUCAAGUAUUAAAGACCUCUGCAAGUCGCCCGUCCGAACAUGGUAACGAGUCGGAUGAUAUUCCGUUUGAUGAGUUAAGCGAGGAAGAUGAAAUGUUGAUCAGGAAUGGGGGAGCUGGCAUUCCCAUGGGCUCUGACGGAAAGCCAUGGCCACUUCUCCCACCCAUCGCGCCUAAACAUGCUGGCAAGAAGUGUUUAGUGCUUGACCUGGACGAGACCCUCGUCCAUAGUAACUUCAUGCCCGUACCAGAUCCAGACUUCGUCGUUCCUGUCGAAAUCGAGAAUCACUGGCACCAUAUGUAUGUACAGAAGCGACCAGGAGUAGACGAGUUUCUUCGACAGAUGGGUGAGCUGUACGAAGUAGUAGUGUACACCGCAAGUCUGGGUUCCUAUGCGGAUCCGGUGAUGGACCAUCUCGAUAUCUACAAUGCUGUUUCGCAUAGGCUCUUCCGGGAAAGUUGUUUCCGCUAUAGAGGAAACUAUGUAAAGGACCUGUCGCAACUCGGACGUCCCAUGGCAGAUACCAUCAUCAUCGACAAUUCACCGGCAUCAUAUCUUCCACCCCAACAACGCCACCUCAGUGACACGAAAGAUGUGCGAAGCGCAUUGACCACGAUUUUAUGACACCUGGUUUAUUUAUUGUAGACCUGGGGUGUGUUGGUCGUAUUUAUGGGACGCUGGUGUUCAAACGUUUAUGAUUUAAUGAUGAGAUAUGACAAUGUAUGAAUAGAUGUGUACAUGCAGAGUUGAGAAUACAUUGUCAUACGUAGCAAGUACAAGAAAUAAACACCCCACUGUUAUACUAAAA